AUGCCUGUUGUCAGCGUCGAAGAUCUCGUCCGUCUGCAGCAGAAGCCAGACGAUAUUCGAAAUAUAUGUAUUCUAGCACACGUUGAUCAUGGGAAAACAUCACUGACAGACAGUCUUAUCGCCACGAAUGGCAUCAUCUCGCCCAAGCUGGCGGGCAAGAUCCGCUAUCUGGACUCACGUCCGGAUGAGCAACUGCGCGGAAUCACCAUGGAGUCUUCUGCGAUUUCGCUCUUCUUCUCCAUGAUGCGGCGCUCUGCGCCAGACGCCCAGCCAGAGGCGAAGGAGUACCUCAUCAACUUGAUCGACUCUCCCGGGCACAUCGACUUUAGCAGCGAGGUAUCAACAGCCUCGCGCCUCUGCGAUGGGGCAGUGGUCCUAGUCGAUGCUGUAGAGGGUGUCUGCAGCCAGACAGUGACUGUUCUGCGCCAAACAUGGGUUGAACAGCUGAAGCCGAUUCUAGUCAUCAACAAAAUGGACCGACUAGUUACUGAAUUACAGAUGACCCCGGCAGAGGCUUACUCACAUCUGAGCAGGCUCCUAGAGCAGGUAAAUGCUGUGAUUGGUAGCUUUUAUCAGGGUGAACGGAUGGAAGAAGACCUCCAGUGGCGAGAGCGUAUGGAAGAGCGUGUCAAUGCCGCAACCCAGCAGAAGCAAACUCAAGAUGGUGAAUCUGUCGAUGGAAGCGUUGAUGGCGCACAAUUCGAGGAACGUGACGAUGAAGAUCUAUACUUCGCACCUGAGAAAAACAACGUUAUCUUCUGCAGUGCUGUCGACGGCUGGGCGUUCACUGUUCGACAAUUCGCGGCAAUUUACGAGAAAAAGCUCGGAAUCAAGAGAUCUGUUCUUGAAAAAGUUCUUUGGGGAGAUUACUAUCUCGAUUCCAAGACUAAAAGAGUUCUGGGUCAGAAGCACCUGAAGGGCCGGGCUUUGAAGCCCAUGUUUGUCCAGCUGGUGCUGGAUAGCGUCUGGGCUGCGUACGAGGCCACCACUGGCGGUGGUAAAGGAAAAGGCGACCCCGCAUUGCUAGAGAAGAUCACAAAGUCGCUGAAUAUCAACAUCCCGCCAUACAUUCUACGCUCUCGCGAUCCUAAAAACAUCAUGACCACAUUGUUUUCACAGUGGCUACCACUCUCUACAGCACUCUUGGUGUCAGUCAUCGAAUACUUACCAAGCCCCAGGGCAGCCCAAGCCUCUCGAUUACCGCCAAUGAUCGAGGAGUCACCGGGAUCAAAGUUUGUGGAUACAAAGAUAAAGGACGCAAUGGUUCAAUUCAAGACCGGCGCCGAUGAACCGGUUGUGGCAUAUGUCAGCAAGAUGGCCGCCAUCCCAGAGAGCGAACUGCUAGCAAGCAAAAAGACAUCUGCAACGACCAUGUCCGCCGAUGAAGCCAGAGAAAUAGCCCGGAGAAAGAGAGAAGAGAUCGCCAAGAUGCAAGCAGAAGCCGCUGGUAAUAACCAAGACGACGACUUCUCUCGAGUAACUUCCGCGUUCGAGAAAGCCACAGUAGAUGAUGCUGAAGAAGGCGAGCAAGAUCAGAAAGAAGACCCUGAGCAUCUAAUCGGGUUUGCACGUCUCUAUUCUGGAACGCUUUCAGUCGGUGAUUCUAUCUACGUUCUGCCACCCAAGUUUUCACCUGAAAACUUGCACGCAAGCCCGGAACCGCAAAAGGUGAUCGUGACAGACCUCUAUCUACUCAUGGGAAGAAGUCUCGAGCCCCUCAAAUCUGUUCCUGCGGGUGCCGUCUUUGGAAUCGGAGGUCUCGCCGGUCACAUCUUGAAGACGGGCACUUUAUGUUCACAGCUUGAUGGAAGUAUCAACUUGGCCGGUGUCUCCCUGGACACCCCACCAAUCGUGCGAGUGGCUCUCGAGCCCGUAAACCCGUCUGAUCUUAGCAAGAUGGUCACAGGUCUGCGUUUACUCGAACAGAGCGACCCAUGUGCAUUAUACGAAGUCCUUCCAAACGGAGAACAUGUGAUCCUAACCGCAGGAGAACUGCACCUUGAGCGCUGCUUGAAGGAUCUCCGUGAACGGUUCGCGAAAUGCGAGAUCCAAACCGGCCAGACCAUCGUACCCUACCGAGAGACCAUUGUCAAUGCUCCCGAAAUGGCGGCUCCCAAGAACCCAGAACUAGGGAGAGGAGGAAUUUUAACUGUCUCUGGGUCGAAGCAGUUGACCGUUCGGCUACGUGUCGUCCCUCUGCCGGAAGUUGUCACGGAAUUCUUCACCAAACAUGUUGGAACAAUCAAGCGGUUACAGUCUGAGAAGCGAACCCCAAAGGCAGAUGGUGAGCCUGAUAGUACGCAACAGGACGAGGCCACCGAUGCCGCAGGCGAGGCAAGAGACGUCACCCUUCUCUCUCUCGAAGAUUUCAAGAAGGAACUCAACAAGACCUUCGAAGAAGUCAAGGAAGACAAGGAACUAUGGAAGGACGUCGUCGAGAGGGUCAUAGCCUUUGGUCCCCGCAGAAUAGGGCCUAACAUCCUCGUCGAUGCAACAGCAGUCAACACAUGCGAGAAAUUCCUUCUCGAUGACCACAAACAACAGCCCAGCAUCCUCCCCGAAACCGCCAGCCGCGACGCCCUCACCGUCCGCGACUUCUCCGACAAAAUCACAUACGCCUUCCAGCUCGCCAUGGGCCAAGGUCCACUCUGUCAAGAACCCAUUCAAGGAACAGCCGUCUUCCUCGAGGAGAUCCAAAUCGACGCCUCAGAAAACGAGAUUGAUAUGGGCCGUCUAACUGGCGAGACGAUCCGUCUCGUCCGCGAAAGUAUCUCCCAGGGUUUCUUGGACUGGAGUCCUCGGAUUAUGCUUGCUAUGUAUAGUUGCGAGAUUCAGGCGUCUACUGAGGUGCUCGGCCGCGUCUACGGCGUAAUAACCCGACGCCGAGGACGCAUUCUCUCGGAAACAAUGAAAGAGGGAACGCCGUUCUUCACAAUCGUCUCUCUCCUCCCCGUGGCGGAAUCCUUCGGGUUCGCUGAAGAAAUCCGUAAGCGGACAUCCGGCGCCGCGCAGCCGCAACUUAUCUUCGCGGGCUUCGAGGCCCUCGACCAAGACCCCUUCUGGGUUCCGGCUACGGAAGAGGAGUUGGAGGAUUUGGGCGAGCUUGCGGAUCGGGAGAAUGUGGCGAAGAUGUAUGUUGACGCUGUUAGGGCGAGGAAGGGACUGUUUGUUCAGGGGAGGAAGUUGAUUGAUGCAGAGAAGCAGAAGACGUUGAAAAAGUAG